CAGUCAUAUACGUCCUUUGUAAGCAUCUUGUUGCGAACAUCUGUGAAAAAGUAUGGAGGAUGAAUUUGCUAUUCAGUCAUUCAAACCGGCUCUCAGUACCAAUCUAACACUUCAAAAAAAGUUAUUACCAAUAUUUAAAUAUCGAGAGCAACUUUUGUAUGCCAUUGAGACGUUUCAGGUUACGCUCAUACAUGGACACACAGGAUGCGGAAAGACGACUCAACUGCCUCAAUAUUUGUAUGAAACAGGAUGGACUAAAGACGGAAAGAUAAUUGGGUGUACGCAGCCUAGAAGAUUGGUUGCUAGAAGCGUCGCAGCUCGUGUCUCAGAAGAACUGACUACAGAAGUUGGGAAAACAUGCGGGUACAAAAUUCAAUUUGAGCAUAAUAUAUCCGACGAAACGAGAAUUGAGUACAUGACUGAUGGUACCCUUCUAAAAGAAAUCCUUACAGAUCCUCUGUUAGAGCGCUAUUCUGUUAUUAUCAUUGAUGAAGUACACGAACGAACUAUAAAUAUAGAUCUUCUUUUAGGAAUUUUGAAAAGGAUUCUUAUUAAACGCCGUGAUUUGAGAGUAAUUCUUGCUAGUGCCUCUGCCAAUAUUCAAAAGUUAAAUGACUUUUUUUACGAAAAGGAUAAGAUUGAAACCAAAAGUAUUUCAAUUGAAGGAAAGCUAUUCCCUGUGGAUGUUAUGUACCUUGAAAACCCUACUGAAAAUUAUGUGAAUACAGCAAUUGAGACGGUCUUGAAUAUAAAUUCAUCUUAUCCGUCGGGUGAUAUUUUGGUAUUUCUCACAGAUAGGAGAGAAAUUGAGGAAUGCGUGAAGCGUAUCGAAUCAUCGGCUGUAACAACUCCUGAUGACUUACCAAUGCUUGUACCAUUACCUUUGCAUUCGGGUCUAACAUUAGACGAACAGCUACGGGUUUUUGAGAUUUAUGAGAACAGAUUUAGAAAAGUGAUUUUCUCGACGAAUAUUGCCGAAGCAAGUGUAACCAUUGAUGGAAUCGUUUACGUUGUAGACUGUGGUUUCUGCAAGCAACGUAUUUUCAAUCCUUAUAGUAGAGUUUCAAAAUUAAUUCGUAUUCCAAUAUCAAAAUCUAAUGCAGUUCAAAGAAUGGGAAGGGCAGGAAGAACUAAUUCUGGAAAGUGUUUUCGACUGUUCCCUAAAACUAUCUAUGAUUCUUUGAAGGAUGAAAGCGAUGCCGAAAUAAGUCACAGUGAUUUAUUACCCGCUGUGUUUUUUCUGAAAGCGAUUGGUUUAAGGAACAUAUACCAGUUUCCCUUUUAUAUUCCUCCUCCUACAGUACAUAUUAUCGCAGCUUUAGAGGAUUUGUAUUUUUUAGGUGCUAUUGAUGAUUACUCAAAUUUGACGGACCCUACUGGAUUGCAAAUGGUGGAGUUACCUCUAGAUGCAAGAUUAUCGAAAGCCCUGCUCUCCUCUGCUAGCUAUGAUUGUACUUACGCAAUGUUAAAUAUUGUUUCUGUUAUGAUGGCAGGGGAUGUCUUCUACCGCCCUUCUAGUAAUCAAUACGAAGCUACUGCUUGCCAUGCUACAUUUACCACUGAAGAAGGCGAUAUCCUAACUGGUUUAAAUGUUUUCGAAUCAUUUCUGAAUCGAAGAACAGAUAUGAAAUGGUGCAAGGCGAACUUUUUGAACUAUAAUACAUUGAGUCAUGCUAGUGAAAUUCGAAAGCACAUUCUUCCCUACUUGCAACGUUUUCAUAUAUCACCAGAGAAGCGGAUAAGAGAUAUAGAUCCUUCGAAGAUGAUAGAAUGUCUUUUACAAGGAUUUUUUCGAAAUGUAGCGCAUCUACAGGAUGACGGUUCUUACAGAACGAUUUUAGGAUCUCCAGUUUUGGUUGAUCAUAAAAGUACAUUAAUUAACAAAGGCAUACCUUGGAUUAUGUUUACUUCGAUGGUUGAAUAUGAAGGUCGAGCAUUUAUUAACGGGGUAUCAAAAAUUGAAAGUAAAUGGUUAGAGAAGUUUUAUCAUAGAAAAAAUAAAAAAUAAAUAGUGAUUUUUGGGU